CAGUUCAUCGGAACCUCUCAGAGUGUCAGCCCGGCUCUACAAUGGAGAGAGGGGCAAUGCUGGCGGUGUGUGUGCUGUGCUGGAGCGGCACGGUGUGUGUGGUGACGGCCAUCCAGAGGACUGACAUGUUCCCGUACGGCUCUCUGAGCGGAGACCAGAUCCUGGCAGAGGGUGACGAUGAAACCUCCAGAGUGCUGUCCCUGCCCAGACCCGUGUACUUCUACGACUCCUUGUUCUCACAGCUAUAUGUGGCUACCAAUGGUAUCAUAUCAGGCCAGGACCUGCCGAUGGAGAAGCAGUACGUAGACGACGGCUUCCCAACGGAUUUCCCCGUGGUGGCUCCAUUUCUGGCUGACAUCGACACCAGCGGAGGGCGAGGUCAGAUCUACUACCGCGUGACCGAAACUCCCAGUGUACUCAACAGAGUGGCCCAGGAAGUACAUCGAGGGUUCCCAGAUGCCAAAUUCACGCCCACACAUGCUGUGGUUGCAACAUGGGAGAACGUGGCUGCGUACGAGGAGCCAACCCGAACCAAUGGACCUUCAAACAAGGUUAAUACCUUCCAGGCAGUUAUUGGUUAUGAUGAGACCGAUUCAUAUGUCCUGUUCUUGUAUCCUGAAGGUGGCCUGAACUUCUUUGCGACACGCCCCAAGGAGUCUUAUAAUGUUGAAAUAGAGCUUCCAGCUAGAGUUGGCUUCAGCAGAGGAGAAGUCACAUAUCUGAUCUUCUCCAGAACUGAAGGACCGUACUACAGCGCUACAAGUGAUGAGCAGAGUGUGAAAAACCUCUACCAGGUUGGUAACACAGGAAUUCCAGGUGUCUGGCUGUUCCAUACUGGGAACCGGUACUCUUUUGACAACAUUGUCCCUGCAUCCAUUGGUGGCCAGCUGAACACUCCACCGACCGGAGGACACGGCCUCUCCCUGGACACCACCACCCCCGAGUACAGUGAGUUUGAGGAAUAUGAAGACAAUAAUUUUGACGGUGAUAACCAGGAGGAGGAAGAUGAUUACCCUCAUACAGGCGGGGACCCUGACUUCCAGCCAGCCACUGCCGGUGGGGACCACUCAGCGCCCGUUCAGCCAGCAAGCCCUGAUGCUCCCUCCUCGCCUGCAGAGGAUUCUGGUCAUCGAGAUGUCCCGUUGACCUCUGAACCCAGGUACAAUCCAGAGCCAGCAGAGAGGCGGUAUUCCAACCCUAAUCCUUCAGAAAGAGUACCAGAGGGACGUGCUGAGCGGACUCAGGAACAGCAACCACAGCUUCCUCUGGAGGUGGUGGAUGUCUACCCCCCUCACAGAAAUGAACCCAAUCUUUCCCCUGGAGGUCACGUGGUCAGCGUGGAUGAAGACGACAUUGAUUUUGACACAGGAGUGAUUCAGUACACUACAGAGAAUAAGGAAACAUGUGCGAGAUUCCAACAGCAUUGCUCCCAGAAUGGAUUCUGCUCAGACUACGCCACAGGCUACUGCUGUCACUGCCGCCCUGGCUUCUAUGGAAACGGUCGCCACUGUCUACCCGACGGUGCCCCUCAGCGUGUUAGUGGUAAGGUGACCGGAACAGUGACCGUCGGUUCGACUCCAGUGGAGAUGAACAACAUCGAUCUUCACGCCUACAUCGUGGUGGGAGACGGCAGAGCGUACACUGCCAUCAGCGAGGUACCCGAGCCAGUGGGCUGGGCUCUGAUGCCGCUUGCACCAAUAGGAGAGCUGUUUGGAUGGCUGUUUGCUCUGGAGCUGCCCAAAAGCCAAGCAGGGUUCAAAAUCACAGGUGCUGAGUUCACUCGUCGCGCUGAGGUGAUCUUCUAUCCCGGCAACCAGCGCCUGUCAAUCAUCCAGACGGGACGCGGCCUUGAUGACCACAACCACCUCACCGUGGAUACCGUACUCAGUGGAGACGUGCCCUUCCUGCCCCCUGGAUCUGAAGUUACCAUGGAUCCCUUCAAGGAGACCUACCAGUACUACCCAUCUGUUGCCACCUCUACCUCUGUGAGGGAGUUUUCUGUCGUUUCGGCGGAAAAGGGCUCAGAGUCCUUCUCCUUCCAGCUGAAGCAAAACAUCACCUACCGCGACUGUCGCCACGACAACCGCGCCACUGUCCCGGAGACGCUGCAGAUCACCAUGGAGAGGGUGUUUGUGAUGUACGUCAAAGACGAGAGGAUCCUGAGAUACGCCAUCACCAACAAGAUCAGCCCGGUCGGAGUGGAGCCAGCGGGGCCGGACCAGGUGAACCCCUGCUACUCGGGGAGCCAUGACUGCGACACCACGGCCCAGUGCCUCCCCCAGGAGGGCCAGGCCUUCCAGUGCCAGUGCGCUACCGGUUACAGAGGGGACGGACGCAACUGCUACGACAUAGAUGAGUGUGCUGAGGGCCUGAGCUCAUGUGGUGCUCAUGCUCAGUGCAUGAACCUGGCCGGGAGCCACCGCUGUCAGUGCCAGAGCGGCUACGAGUUCGGCUUCGACGGGCGUACCUGUGUCGAUAUCGAUGAAUGCAGCUCCUCUCCCUGUCACGUCAGUGCCAGAUGUAUCAAUGGACUGGGCUCCUUCCAGUGUCAGUGCCAGCCCGGGUUUUAUGGGGACGGCUUCCAGUGUUCCCAGGAGGAAGCAGAGACAGGUCGCCCGAGGAGCCAGUGUGAGCAUCACAGGGACAGCCUGCAGAGUGGAGGGGAAGCAGGAAGACCCAGUGUGGGAGCCUUCAUCCCUCAGUGCGACUCUGACGGACGCUACCGGACUCUGCAGUGUCACGGCUCCACUGGACAUUGCUGGUGUGUGGACAGCAGGGGACAGGAGAGAACAGGAACCAGGACUCUACCUGGAACAGCCCCCUUUGAAUGUGACCGACCAGAUGAGCCAGAGCGCCCUAAGACUCACUGUCAGCACCACAGAGACGGGGUGCAGACCACCAGUCCAGAGGGAUAUCCUGUAGUUGGAGCCUACGUAGCUCAGUGUGACGCUAGCGGACAGUACAUAUCCCUUCAGUGUCACGGCUCUACCGGACAUUGCUGGUGUGUGGACAGUAGGGGACAGGAAAGAGCAGGAACCAGGACUUCACCUGGCGCACCGCCCACAGACUGUGACAAACCAGGUGAGAAAGGAACAUUUCAUAUUACUGCCAACAUGAAAGCUUCUAACAACAGUCCACAAACCCAAGCCAUCACAGGGUCUACGUCAACUGGCACUCUGUAUUGGACCGACUGGAACCGAGAGGCUCCGAAGAUCGAGUCUGCGUCAGUGGACGGACAGAACCGCAAGGUGGUGGUGUCUGACGGCAUCGGUUUGCCCAACGCUCUCACGUACGACUCUUCCUCCUCUCAGGUCUGCUGGGCCGAUGCAGGUACGAAGCGGUUAGAGUGUGUGUCCCCGGAUGGUUCCAACCGGAGAGUGGUCCACCCCAGCCUCAACUACCCGUUCAGCAUGGUGUACUACAGGAACCACUUCUACUACACUGACUGGAGGAGGGACGGAGUGAUCGCAGUGAACAAAGACAGCAGUCAGAUCAUGGACGAGUUCCUGCCUGACCAGCGCUCUCACCUUUACGGCAUCGCUAUAGCAACCACCCAGUGUCUAUCAGGGAGCCACUAACGACAGAGCGGCAGCUGCAGGGUCCUCUGGUGCUAAAGUUCGGGGCCCACUCCCGACCGGAGGGUAGGACCUCCUGAAGAAGUGUCUCCAGUGUCCCUCCGAAGAAAAAGGGGAUGGUGGCUGCCAGCUCGACUGUCAGCAAAUUAACAUCCCCUCCACUCCCCCCUGACCCCGAGCCCAUUAUCUCACCUUAAAGAUAUAACCCCCAAAUAAAUGUUUUGUAAAUUUGUUUUAUACCUCAUUUUUAGUUUGUUUUUUUUACUGUAUUUUUGUACGCCAGUUGUUUAUCUUUCGAUUAAAGCUACAGAACAAUGAAACCUGAUUUUUAAAUGUAAGAGAGAACGUUUGUUGAUGAGACGUUGAUACCACUGUCAUUUUCAAGUCCCAUUACCAUUGUUGAGUGACAGAAAAGUGUUCUUGUAAUCAGAUUACUGUAAUCAGAUUACUGUAAUCAGAUUGUAAUGUUUCCCUCAGUCAGAUCACAGCACUCAUAAUCUGUAUUUCACACACCAUGAAAAGACGUUACAAUCUUUUUUUGCCAAAUAUUUUUACUACUACUACUACUUUUUAAAUCUUUAUCUUUUUAUAAGAUGUGAUAUUUAUAACAAUAAAAUGUGAUUUGGUACUUGA